AUGGCGAAAAACAGCUUGUUCCCCAUCAUCGUCCUCUUCACGGUCAUCGGAAUCCUUGCCCUGAUCGGAUUUGUUGUGUACAGCAUCGUGCAGGAUAUUAGCAACAAGACCAAGGCGAACAUGGAGAAGAAGAACAUCAAGUUCUCCAAGGACGGGAUGAAGGUGUCGAUGAAGGAGGUCAACGACGAGGACUACAAGGACCAGACUCAGAGUGUGUUGGUCAAUGUGUGGAAUCACUCGUCGUUCCCCGGGUACAAAAGCAAACUGUGGAAUAACGGUGCUACGCCGGAGGAUAAGAAGGUGAAAAAGCGGUAA